GCCACGCCCCCGGAAGCGGCGCGCGGGUGGGAAAGGCGCGUGCAGAGCCCGGGAGCGGAACCCAAGGGCACCAUGCGUGCCUCGAGGCUCUACACCUUGGUACUCGUGCUGCAGCCUCAGCGAGUCCUCCUGGGCAUGAAGAAACGAGGCUUCGGGGCCGGCCGGUGGAACGGCUUCGGAGGCAAAGUUCAAGAAGGAGAGACCAUCGAGGAUGGAGCCAAGAGGGAGCUGCGGGAGGAGAGCGGCCUGACCGUGGACGCGCUGCAGAAGGUGGGCCAGAUCGUGUUUGAGUUCGUGGGCGACCCCGAGCUGCUGGACAUGCACAUCUUCUGCACAGACAGCGUCCGCGGGACACCAGCGGAGAGCGACGAAAUGCGCCCCCAGUGGUUCCAACUGGACCAGAUCCCCUUCGCUGACAUGUGGCCCGAUGACAGCUACUGGUUUCCCCUCCUGCUUCAGAAGAAGAAGUUCCACGGCUACUUCAAGUUCCAGAGUCACGACACCAUCCUGGACUACAAGCUCCGCGAGGUGGACACGGUCUAGGACAGAGCUGAGCUUGUCCCUCGGGCCACGAGAAUCUCUGCCCAGCCGCGCUGUGGCUCCGGGCUCAGAACACCGGCCGGGCCUCUAGUCUGUCUGGCGCAUGAUUGGAUGGAAAGGAAAAUAAA